AUGGCACACAGAAAGCAAGUAAGAGUAUCUAUUCAUUCAGAGAGUAAAAACGGUCUUUCUAGCACUUCUAGCAAAUCCAGCCAACAAAGAAAACAGCAAAGCAAGUCUACAAAACAAGCUAAAGAAACAGAUACUAUUGCAAGUCUUCCACAGACAAGCACAUCAUUAGAGUCAGAGAGUGAACCGCAACAGGGCACAUCAACUGAGCAGGUCGAUGAAAGUGUAGUACUACAAUCAGUCAGUGAUUCCGAUGAGAUUAAAUUCGCGGUAUCAGAGGUUGCUUGUACCGAUGGAGGGACAGAGUGUAAUGAUAUUACAAACUCAGCUUGUGACAAAACUGUAGGAGUAUUAAAGUGUAAAUGUAACACUGGUUUUGACGAAGACCUAACUGACGGAAGCACAUGUGUAAAGGUUGUUACUGCAACAGACUGUACGGGAAGUGCAGCCUGUCCUGGUAUAGAUAACUCCGUAUGUAGUACCAAAAAGUGCGCGUGUAAUACAGGAUACGUAGAAAAAGUGGAUAAAUGUGUAAAAGUUGUUACGACAACAGACUGUACGGGAAAUUCAGCCUGUCCUAAUAUAGAUAACUCUGUAUGCAGUAACACGAAGUGCGCGUGUAAUACAGGAUUCACAGAAAAGGUGGAUAAAUGUGUAAAAGUAAUUGGCAAUGGAUGCACCGGAGGUGGAGCAUGUACAGGUGAUGCCAAUACAGUGUGUGAAAGUUCCAAAUGUGUCUGUAAAGCUGAAUAUGAAGAAAAGAAAAAUAUCUGUACACUAACUGUAAGCGGAACAAAAUGUACAGCAAACGGAGAUGAGUGUAAAGGUAUUAAAAAUGCACUGUGUGAUUCAAACGCUGGUAAAUGUACAUGUAGCCCCAGUUUCACGAUGAAUGUUGACACCUGCGUGUCUGAAAAUGCUGCUGCAUCUGUACAAGUUGAGGCUAUUACAAUGGUACUGUCUGCUCUUGCUACAAUUGUGUUGUUACGUCAUGCUUGAGAGUCAUGUCAAAGAGGAAGACAGAUACGGCAAAUUAUACUGUUUCUUUCUUGUGUGUGACAUUCUGAAAUGAUUCUACUUGAUCUUUUUCUAUUUGAUUAGCUUCUGCAAUGGUUAAUAAUGAGGCCUUAAAAAAUUAACUCCACAGUCAUUCUGAACUUUGAGUAUAUUUUUGUGGUUGUAAUGUAAAAGUUAAAAGUGUUUGGCAUUAUCAUUGUUGUCAAAAAUAUAUAAAAGACCAAUCACAAAUAAGAGAGCUACAUUCUUCCCUGGCCACUUAAACUUCAUGAAAGUCAUUCUGAUAAUACAGUGACACAAAAUGACUGAUUGGACUUUUCAAGCAAUUUCUUGAGACACUGUAUUUUCAAACGUUUAUCUGCUUAUUCUGUUUAGCCUUAUUUGGUCAGUGUAUGCCGGUAUUUUUGCAGUAUGUUUUGCAGUUUCAAUGAUAUCUUGCAUUAUCUUACAUUGAAAAAUAAUAUACCAAGUAAUUAAUAGACUGUUGCAUACUAAUGAACAUCCAAGUCCUGGCCUCCAAAAUCACAAUGUCAGUUUGUAACUCUGAACACAAAAUUGAUUCUUGUAUUUCUAAAUUUUUUGCUGCAUCAAAACGCACUUUUUCCAUGAAAGAAACAGAUAACUUAAUAAACAUAUCAUGGAAAUAAGACGUAAAUGGAAAGUACGCGAUUCGCUCAUUUCACAUUUUUUACCAACGUUUCAUGAUACAAAAUGAACAAUAAAAUAUACAUUUAAAGUCUUAAUGAGGCAAGAAAACUAAACCUACUACCUGACGUAUCUUAUCUUUUAACAAUAAUUUCUUACCGCACGUAUCAUACUACAAAGAGUUAUAUAACAUUCAAAACAAAUAAUGCACUGUAUAUUUAUUUUUGUCUGUAACUAACAUAACAUGAUUUCCUGUGUUCUGCUUAUUGUAUGUAUCAUUUUCUAGCUUUUGUAUGAUAUUUGUGUGUAGUGUAAUAAUAAUCAACUGUUUAGUUCUUAACUGAGAAAGAAUACUUUACCAUAUGAAAAUAUUUUGGUGUACUGACCACCCUAGUAUGCUUACUGUGUAAAAUGCAUGUUGAUUGGUGGUUAAAGCUGAAAAUGGCAACAAGUCGGUCAAGAGUAUUAUCCAGGUAUUUAAGUAGUUUGACGAACAAUAUUCAUUACAGUUAACUUCCGUCCACGAAAUAGUAAAAUAUAUUCUUUAGCAAAUAUGCCUGGCUUUAAAUUGUAUUAAAAAUAUAAUGUUUUCGCUUAAAACAUAUUCAGAGGUAAUUUUCAUUUUCAUACAAAUACAUUUUAAAUUUCUUUCAAUAUAACAACAGAUUAGAGCAUAUUGGCUAAACACAAUAGGAACAUACUGACCAAGCGUAACCUAUUUAUUUUGGAUAUUAUUCCCGAUGAAUGCCAUGUGAUUAUGGAUAAAUGCUUUUGCUCAUUUAAGGACUGGUCCGGCUAUCGUCAAGAAAACAAUAUAGACCAUUAAUAGCUAUAUAUGAAAUAAUUUGGUUGUCAGUUAAAUUCGUCUAUCAUUACUUAGAAAACAAUAAAGAAUAAAUAACAUUUGACAGUUUAAAUAAUGUGCUUUCUUUAUUAAAUGCAGUUCUUAAUUUAUAAAUGUACAUGGAACUAGAA